CGCUUUUAAUAUAAAAGCUCUAUGCACUAGCCAUCAGCAUCAUUCCACAUCCUCUCAUCAAACCGACACAAUGGUGUACAAGUUCGUUGUUCUUGCCUGCUUCGUGGCGGCCGCCAGUGCUGGUCUGCUCCCAGCCAGUCCCUACGCCGCCUACGCCGCGGCCCCGGCCUACCACGCAGCCCCAGUAGCCUACGCGGCUCCCAUCGCCAAAUACGCCGCCGUCGCGCCCCGCGUCGAGGAAUACGACCCCCACCCACAGUACAGCUUCGCCUACGACGUCCAAGACGGACUCACCGGCGACUCCAAGACUCAGCACGAGACUCGUGAUGGCGACAUCGUACAGGGCUCGUACUCCGUCGUCGACCCCGAUGGUGUCAAGCGCACUGUUGAAUACACCGCUGACCCCCACAAUGGAUUCAACGCGGUCGUCCACAGAGAACCCCUCGCUGUUAAGGCUGCCCCAGUGGCGUACGCCGCCCCCAUCGCUAAAGUCGCCCCCAUAGGAUACGCCGCUGCCCCCGUGGUACACGCUGCCCCCGUUGCCAAGUUCGCCGCACCACUGGCCUACUCUGCACCAAUCUACCACCACUGAAUAAUGCCAAAUAAUUGAACUAGUGAUAUGAUCGUGUUGUGGAUCGACUCAUUAGAUUAUAAGUGAAAUAAAUUAUUUUUUACUGAUA